CGCCUGGGGCAGCAGGGCUGGCGGGAGAGUGAGGUGCCAGGAUCGGGACCCGGAUCGCGACCAUGCAGUACCAGCCGCCCGGCCCGGCCUCGCUGCCCGCCCUGUACGCGCCCACCCCGCUGCUGCAGCCCGUGCACCCCACGCCCUUCUACAUCGAGGACAUCCUGGGCAGGGGCGCCCCUGGGGGGCUACCUCACCCCGCUCCGCCGCCUCCGCCUCCGCCUCCGCCGCCCACGCUGCCGUCACCCAACUCGUCCUUCACCAGCCUGGUGGCGGGGGCCUCCUACCGGACCCCGAUCUACGAGCCCACCCCGAUCCACCCGGCCUUCUCGCACCACCUGGCCGCUGCUGCCACAUACGGGGCGGGCCCCUACGGCGCGCCCGCCGGAGCCCCGCUCUACCCGUUCCCCCGCGCCGUCAGCGACUACGCGCACGCCCUCAUCCGCCACGACCAGCUGGGCAAGCCGCUGCUGUGGAGCCCCUUCAUGCAGAGGCCGCUGCACAAGCGGAAAGGGGGCCAGGUGCGCUUCUCCAACGACCAGACCAUCGAGCUGGAGAAGAAGUUCGAGACGCAGAAGUACCUCUCUCCGCCGGAGAGGAAGCGACUGGCCAAGAUGCUGCAGCUGAGCGAGAGGCAGGUUAAAACUUGGUUUCAGAAUCGUCGGGCUAAAUGGCGGCGUCUAAAGCAGGAGAACCCUCAAGCCAGCAAAAAAGAGGAAACUGAAAGUGGGGACAAUCACCAGGAUCCAAGACAAGAGGACUGUCUGAGUCCCGACCACAAUAAGGAGACUUCUCCAGGGAGACCACGGUACACCCCAUCACCAGCCUCUCAGGAAGAGCUGGAUACUGACAUCUCGGAUGAUUCAGACCAAGAGGUGGACAUUGAAGGUGACAAGGGCUAUUUCAAUAGUUCUCAUCAGUAGUGGUCCCCUUGAGGACGGACUUUCCCUCUGCUUGCACUUUAAGAGGAGUUGGCUUGACAAAAAUGAGGAGGGGAAAUAUAACUCUAAGUCAGUGUUUUUGUUGAGACAAUCACCUGAAAAAUGAGGCAGAUCUUUUUACUUUGAAAUGACAGGAAAGAGCCUGUGCUUGUUAAUAGAUUUGUACAGUGAUCUUUUU